AGCAAUGAAUCCAGGCGAGCAGCAACCACUUCAGAUGACAGGAUCGCAAAUUUUGAAGGAAGCUUCAAGAAUCAUGGACUUUGACGGCAGAGAUUUAUCAUCAUUCAUCAGGGAAGUUGACAUGAUCCUUCCUUUAUUCAACCCCAACCCAUCAAUGUUGGAAUUUGUAACGCAGCGACACGUCAAAACAAAAAUUAAAGGAGAAGCAGCAAGUGUCAUCCGGCCUUUGGGACCUACACCAACAUGGCAGCAAAUGAGAGAAGAACUCAUAAAGAAUUUUGGAGUAAAGGAGUCGUACCACACCCUUUACAAUCAGGCGAUUGUACUACGAAACUAUAACGUCAAAUACAUCUUCAAAAUAACAUUGAUGAUAGCAAUUGUAAUAAUUAGCAAUGCAGCCAUAAUUAGCAAUGCAGCCAACUGGAUGAAAUACAUACCGACAAUGGAUACGCAGAAAUUAUCACCAACACUAAACAGAUUGUUACAUCAUCUGACCUCGUAA